UCUUCCAGCGCUGCUCGGCUGCUGCCGGUGGUCGCACCUCCCAUCCCCCGCCCCCCUCCUCGUCCGUGAACCUGACCCGAAUCGAGGACGACCUCGUAUAAGAGGCGCAUCCGGAAGCGCGCAUCCCCCAGACGCCCCCUUGGUCGGAAAGCAGUCGCACGCGCAGACAUGGAUUCUUCCUCGCCGCCUCGCUUCUUCGCAACCGCCGUCACGCUAUUCCUGCUGGUGGUUCUGGCGCUUGGAAGGGGCGCGCAUGCUGACUCGGCCACCGAGCGAGAGCCUGCCUCGUUCCGGCAGCAGCAGCCGCUGGGCUCGUACCCCACAGUGUACGGGCUCGCGUACCAGCAAGGGUUUCCGACCGCCUACCUGGCCAGGCCUGUUGCGAGGCCAUCGCUUGGAUCUCGCCUUCGGGGCCUGGUGAAUGCGCUGUUCUUCCGCCGCCAGCAGCAACAGCAGCAGCAGCCUGGCUACCCGACCUUCAAGCCAGCGGCCGCCGUCAAGCCCGAUCUGGUUGCAGCGGCGUCCAAGCCCUUGCUCCACUCGGCGCACAAGAUCCACUUUCCGGGCUCCUUCCAGACUGACAAACUGGGAUACGGGAAGCAGGGACUGCAGGCAGCCUACGCCCAGGCAUACCCCUACCUUUCCACGGCAAAACUCUACAACGGUCUUUAUGGGACCUCGAAGAACACGUACGCCGCAAAGCCCUUCGCCGGAGCAUACAAGGCCUGACUACCCCGGACCGAUGUUACUCUGAAAGACCGGGAUGCGGCCUGAGCGCUUUCACUGGCGCGUUUUUUUUUUUUUUUCAAUUGUGAUGAAGUUCACUGUCAUCAUUUGCCACCCUUCGAGACACUCAGCAAAUCAUCGUGGACCUUGCAGAGCGCCCGUUUAGCAUCAGAAGGAAUCGUUACUGCUGAGGUCUGAAGGGUCAUCGCUUUCAACUCCACGAUUUAUGGUUAUCCAUAUCGAACAAACGGGCAUCAGUCAACGAUUGGGUGACAUUCGUCAUAUUUGCGCUGCCUCCUCGUCCUUUCCAUGAGCGCCUUGAGUCAACGUUUAUAAUGGCCAAGAUUGACGACAUGGAGUCUGCCAUUUUAGUGCUUGUCAGCCAGCCCACAAAAGUGCCAGAACUCGCAAAAUUUUGUCUAAAACGGCAUAACGGUUUCUCAGAAUCUGUCCCUGCCGGUGGCAAGGAAUGUGCGUCUGCUCUUGCACUUGGCGCAAGUACCACGAGGCGUGUUCAAAAGCAUUUUGAGAAAGCUGGAAUAACCGCACCAAGAAUGGUGCAUGUUCGUUCAAGUGAGGCACCGUCAUACGGGUUCUCUUUCAGAGACGUUCUCUUUCGUAAUUUAAUUAUACCAAUUUAGCAUGUCAUAUUGUUAUCAAUUGUUAGAAAGACCGUCAUUGUAAAACAUUGUUACCAACACAAGCGAAGAGUUCCACAUAUGUGUAAGGUCCACGUGAAGAUCGGCAGCAUGAUGUAUUAAAAUGAAACUUCGUAGUCUUAAAAGUGCUCGUGGGUACAACUUAGAAUUGACUCUCAUAUCGUCUGAAAUUAGGAAUGGAAUGUGGAAGUGCGCAAGAAAGAAGCCAACUCGCAGUAAAUGGAGGCACAGUAGCAAGGGUAUUAUCUAGUGCAGAUAUCCUGACAUGUAGCUUUUAAUGAAGACGCCAAAAUAAAAGCGGUUGAGAACUUAUGUUUUUUUGCAGGACAGUGUGAGUAGGGUGCAUUAAGCUUAUAACAGUCUGUAGUACCUCGCCCGCUUUUUCGCAGUCAGUUUGAUAACAUCCACCGUUUGCUGUUGGAAAUUUGCGUUGUGCCAUGCUUAGUGGAAACCACUAUUGCUUUUGAGAGCGGCCCAAUGCAUUUAAAGAUUCGCUGACACUUCAAGUACAAGUCAGACAGUAUUUGUACGAAAGUACACAUUUUCAAUGCUAGUUUCUUACCCGAUGUAACGAUUGUUCUCGUGAAACUCGGUACAACUGCAUUGUGCCGAGUUAUCGUUGUUAUGUAAAGGCAAGUGUUUUGCUAAAAGGCUGGAAGGUCGACAGUGACCGAAGCUCAGUGUACUGCGUGUGAUGUGCUGAAGGGUGAGAGCUUACGUAGUGACGAAAUAUGUUUCACUACUGUGCCUAUAUGUUAAGAGUUAUUUGUUCGACCUGCGAAACUUCUUGAUCUUCAUAAGCUUCCACUGUGCGGCAAGAAGACCAUUGUAACGUAGCCGCGUACAGAAGGUACGAGAACCACUGUAUAGCCUUUGUGACACGAAAGAGAAAGCAUGUUGGGCCUCGGUGACUACCAUGUAAAGCUUAUUGGCUACAGUAGAACUUGGCUAAAGUCGAGCCGCUCACAUUCCCCGAUUCUUCUCACUCGAUUCUAAACCUUAGGUCAUGCGCUGAGCCAUUUGUUAAAAAGAACAUUUACCUUUAGCCUUACCACGGAGAAUGGGUGAGAAUUGUAUUGCCAUUAAGUGUGUGUGCGUGUGUGCGUGUACCAGCAUCUUUGUAUCGAACAAACCAAAAAUGAAAAGAGCUCAGAGAAUCGUCUAUUUAUUUGCUCCAUUUGGCUAUCACGAAACCCACCCACAAUUUUUCAUCACUGACGGAUACUUCACCGUGCACUGUUCUGGGUAAAAAAAAUGAGGUCUAGUAAGCGCGACCUAGUAGUACAAGUUCGAAAUUGUGGAUAGAGCUAGGUAGAUAAAUUAUACGUUUGCUUAGCACAUGUAACGCGCCACGGCGUAAGCUGAACUCAAUAAGAUGAAACCCGAGGUGAUUUGUUGACCGAGAUACUCGAAUUACUCAUAUUUGUGUAAGAAUGCAUUUAGGUUAGCGCCAGCGCUUGAUGUCAUGUGAAGUGAAGCAGCGAACCAUGUGAGCAUACAAAAUGAGUGGUAUGACGACAAAAGUGUUGCGCAGUUUCAUUUGCGGCACUGGGAUCUGUCAAAUGGGCAGGAAGCGAAGGCAAACGAGCAGCACAAGCAGGUGCGGGGGCCACAGACGAGCGCUGUUGCGGCGAGCUCUCGUCAGGCGCCCAGAGUCCGUUGGCGUCGUUUCAAAAUAUCGAUGCUGAGAAAUAUCACUCCCACGUAUCAAAAUGAGCAACAUGACGUUUUCUUCCCCCGAUAACGUUUAGUCCUUUUAGAUGAAAUAUACGUCAUAAUAUCACUUGGCUGUAUGCGUUACAAUAUUUAUGCGUGCCCUGAUUCUAAUAAAUUUGUGUGCUGUC